GCAGGGCGUCUCUCCCGGGCCGUGUCGCAUGCACUGUCAGUUUUGCUCGGAUUCUCGUACACGAGUUUCAUCGCGCUCUUUUGCACUUCGUCACGAUUCUCAUUGAACGCAGGAAAACUCGCAAAGAUCGUGUAUACGCUCCACACCUUUUUUUUUUCACUCGCGUGUAUAUAACACGAUCCUUGAAUCACGCGAAUUAAAUUUAUCCGUUUUGUUCUGUCGGUUAAAUAGUUCGGACAGAGCACGAGAUUACCUUUCGAUGUCGUUCGUCGACCGUCGCUGUGUCAGAAGGAUGAAAAUCGUCGAAAUUGUUUAAUUGCAUAGUAAAAUAUAUUUUAAAAGGAACAAGAUAUCUAUUUGGUGAAAUGAAUAUUUCUGUACAUCGGUGGGUUUUAAAGAAUACGAAGAAAUAAAUACAACGAAGAAAGGAAUUGUCGGUUGUUCAUCUAUACCAUUGGUCAAUUAAGCAGUUCACGGAUAAAGAUAUGCUCUAGCGGGAAGACAGAGAGAGGCAGUAGUGUCGCGGAGGAGGAAGAGAAACGGACGAUUAUGGGGAAAAAAUAUCGGGGACAAUUUCUAUGCAUGUCAACGCGUAGAUCCCGAAUAGCAGAGACAUAAUGGCGACAACGAGUGAAAAAACAAUGGAAAAUCAGAUGCUUAUCGAUUCAUUCGAUACUUUUUUUUUGCGAUUUUGAGUUCUCCGCGCCUUUGUCCGCGAGAUGCUGUAUCGAACGUUCAAUUCCGAAUUAUUAUGCCACACUAAGGGAAAAUUAACGCGCCGCGAAUGGAAUUAUUCAGAAAUAAUUGAUAAAUGAAAAUCAGGAAGAACGAUCGUGGAAAACGCGAAAAGUCCUUUGUCUUUCGUAUCCCUCCCCUCCUCCUAUCUCCUCAUCCUAUCAGUUAAAACUAGAAACUGUUGUGGCUUUUUUCAAAAAACGCGACGGUUAUAUCGCGACAUCGUGGAUCGACUAUGAGAGAGAGAAAUAAAAAAUGAAGGGUUUAUUUUUUACCCUGAGUCUAUUGUUUUCGGUGCAAGGACUCGCCCGGGCUACAUCUGAUCACGAAAUGCACGAGAAUCUGAAUCCACCAGAUCCAUUCGACCGUGGACCUUACUUCGAUGUCUCGGCAUCAAAGAACGUCACCGCAUUGGUUGGCAAAACGGCCACUCUGAACUGUCGAGUACGGAAUCUGGGUGAUCGUACGGUUUCAUGGGUAAGACAUAGGGAUAUUCAUCUUUUGACCGUUGGUGUUGAAACGUACACAUCCGACCAACGAUUCGUGGCAUCACAUUUCCCUAGAACCGAAGACUGGACGCUUCAAGUGAAAUAUCCACAGCAUCGUGAUUCUGGCACCUACGAAUGUCAAGUGUCAACAACACCACCAAUUGGUCAUUCUAUGCACCUUUCUGUUGUCGAGCCUAUAACGUCGAUCGUUGGGGAACCAGAAAUGUUCAUAGACAAGGACAGUACGAUGAAUCUCACUUGCGUGGUACGUCACAGUCCUGAACCACCGACUGCCAUUUAUUGGACCCAUGAUGACGAGAUGAUCAACUACGAUAGUCCUAGGGGCGGUGUAUCGGUGAUCACCGAGAAGGGGGAAGUUACAACGUCGUAUCUUCUGGUGCAGCAUGCCCAGCCUGCAGAUAGCGGCCAAUAUACCUGCCAUCCGAGUAACGCUAAUACAAAGACUAUCCUCGUACAUGUACUUAAUGGGGAACAUCCAGCAGCGAUGCAACACGGUGGCCAACUGAGGUUAGCGAAUCUGCCAUUCGUAAUGAUUUCAACAACUUUGUUAGCCUUCUUGAAUCAUCGUUAUUGAACCAGGCCUCUUCAUGACAUUACGAAAUAUUCUUUACGAAUAUUCAUCG